AUGAAAGAAUCCCUCUUAAGGAAAUCAAUUAACUAAAGUGAAGAUAGCAAAAAUCAUAUAGAAGAUGAAGAAAGUGAAAAAAAGAAGUUAUCUGAUAUAGCAAAUAAAGCUAACGAAAAGAAGAAAGCAGAAUUCAUGAAAAAAUAAUUAAUAAUAAACUAAAAUAAAUUUGCAGUUAUUAUUGUAUUUAUAAUAAUAAUAUUCUUAGUUUUAAAUGGAUUCGCAAUAUAUUCUCACAUAAACAACAAAUGA